AUGUCUACACAAUCUCAGCCGAGAUACGCGACCGUCAUUGAUCGCUACUAUAUUGAUACCAGGCCUCUUGUCCCAAUUCCAUCGAACACAAAGUCAACGCAGCCUCUCCCGUUACUGUCAACGUUGCAAUACUCCGAUCAAGAAGCCGUCACCCGCUUCAUUCGCCCUGCGGAUCGCUUCAUGUCCCUCGCCAGCGCUCUGCUGAAAUACACCUUCAUCCACAGACGAGCCAAAAUUCCUUGGUCGCGGGUACAAGUCUCGAGGACUCCUCAUCCCCAUCGCCGGCCCUAUUGGACCCCCUUGGAGGAUUGGAAGGCACCAGUGGAGGGAGACUCCGGCUCUAGAAUUGGAGGGCUGGAAUUCAAUGUUUCCCACCAAGCCGGCCUCAUUGCCAUCGUCGGCUGCAGUACGCCCACAGCACAACUACCGACUCCACAUACGCAUGUUGCUCCUGGAUCGUCUGCAUCAAGUGAUUCGUACGAGCAAUUGGAUUUGACAGGCCAUCGGACACCCACUCUGACGCCCAACGAGGUCAGACUGGGCGUUGACAUAGCCUGCACGAACGAAGACAAGCGAACGCCGCAGGAUAUGACGACUCAGGAAAAGUUUGAUGAAUGGGUGGACAUCUUCGCCGAGAUGUUCUCGGACCGUGAGCGUUGGAAUAUGCGACAUGCCCCGAUCCCUGUCCCCGUGGUGGAGCGUGAAGAGGGUGAGUGCUGGGACAGCGAGGGCUCGUCGGUGGACACGGCGAACGGAACGCCCUUGCAGGACCGUGAUGCAAGGCUGAUAAACCUGAAGCUCCGCCGCUUCUACGCUUACUGGAGCCUGAAGGAAGCAUAUAUCAAAAUGGUCGGUGAAGGUCUACUUGCGGACUGGCUACGAGAACUCGAAUUCCUCAAUGUCGUGGCACCGCCCGAGCCUGCCCAUCAUCAUCCGAGCCGCGAUCACACCCCUACUCACAGUUCCGCCCGUACAUCAUCAGUGGCCCCCAAGCACUUGCCAAACGUACAGGCGAAUAACAAUGCACAUCUGUAUCCGCCAGAACUAAGGCACCAGAAUGAAGCUAGAAAAUGGACGCCGCCGGACAAGGCCGAGCGCGGCAUGACGGCCCUUUUGCACGGGAAGAAAGUCGAAGAUGUCGAUAUCGAGUUGGUGGCCUACGACGAAGACUUCAUGGUCUCCACAGCGAUGCGCGGUGUCGAAGAACAGGAGCCCGGCAGUAUAGCAGAUGACACAUCCCAAUGGAAGCGGUGGCUGAGACUGGACAUCGAGGAGGAUAUUAAGCCCUGUGCCGAAGGAAGAUGCAGCUGUCUUGCAUAG